GCCUCCCUCCAAACAUUGUCAUCAUAAAAUACAAGAAAGCACUCGCUUCAAUCCAUAUUUCAAGGUAAUUAUUUUUGCAAACAAAUACAAACAAUCAAUGUGACUUAUGAAUAACAAUCAUUUGCCUUUUUUAAUUAGGAUUGUGUUGGAGCAAUUGAUGGGACUCAUGUACUUGCUAGAGUCCCAAAAAGUAUCUCAGCUGCCUUUAGGGGUAGAAAGGUGGGGACUACCCAAAAUGUCAUGGCUGCGGUAGACUUUGAUCUAAAGUUUACCUAUGUACUUGCGGGUUGGGAGGGAUCAGCUCAUGAUGCCCUUAUACUUGCAAAUGCAUUGGAGAGGGAAGAUGGGUUGAAAGUUCCUACAGGAAAAUUCUUCCUUGUUGAUGCGGGGUAUGCUGUGAGGCCGGGUUUUCUUCCACCAUAUCGUGGCACGAGGUACCACUUGAAAGAGUAUGGACGAGGGAACCAUCCUCAAAAUGCUAAAGAGUUGUUCAACUUAAGACACUCUUCUUUGAGGACAACGGUUGAAAGGGGUUUUGCCGCAUACAAAAACCGUUGGAAGUUUGUCUACAAUAAGCCGUUCCAUGGUUACAAGACCCAAGUAAAAGUAGUGCUAGCUUGUGCAAUUCUUCACAAUUGGGUACUUCAAUAUGGUGAGGAUGAGUAUUUCCCACCUGAGGAGACAUGGGAUCCGGAACCCAAUGAUGAAGAUCACAAUGAUAUUGUCCAUGACAAUAUUUCUUGGGCUCAUAAGAGAGAUGAAUUUGCAAAUCAUAUGUGGGCGAAUAGAGGGCUAGCAAACAUUUGAUGUAUCAUGUGUCUUGGUGUUGUAAAACUAU